AUGAAAGAACGGGAAACGCCGCCGACUCCAACGCUGCUCGCCAUAUUUUUCUGCCUAUUCGCUACAGUACUUUGUAAUUCCACUCCCCGCGAAGUGUUCCGGUUAUACCGAGCCGUUCCGCAUUCCACCACCGGACUGCGGGCCCUUCACGAUUUGCAGAAAAAUGACCAUCUAUUCAAUGUCGACUUCUGGAAGGAGCCGCGUGCGAUUGAGGACACGGCCGACGUGAUGGUGCCCGAAUCUGUGUGGGGACUCGUGGAGGAAUAUCUGCAAAAUAGCAACUGCACCUACAGGGUUUCGGUGCCUGAUGUGGAGAAGCUGAUCCUCUACAACGAGGGCUCAAAACGGACGCGGCCCGGCUUUGGCAAGCGGUUAAAUGAUGACCCGAUUUUGGAUAGUGAACCCGACGACGAUUGGACGAACGUCGGCAAGCUGAAGAAAGCGAAAUAUCCAUUUGGGGAUUACGCGCCCUACGCCGACAUGAUGAAGUAUAUGAGAACAAUCGAGUUCUACUACCCGGGUUUCACCAAAAUCGUCCGGAUCGGAACUUCCCAUGAAGGAAAACCUAUUGAGGGACUCAAGAUCGGGUUCCCCAUCGAAAAUACCUCAAAGCGCGCCGUUUGGAUUGAUGGGAAUAUACACGCGCGGGAAUGGGCCAGCAGUCAUACAGCGUUGUAUAUUAUUAAUCAGCUAGUCUCCGGCUAUGGCAAAGACGACAACACGACGUUCUAUGUCAACAACCUGAACUUCUACAUCGUGCCGUGUCUGAAUCCGGAUGGCUACGAGUACACGCGGAGCAGCCCGCAGCCAUUGGUGCGU